UAAAAAUCUAUUUAGCCACUCUGAUUCUGCUUACUAUGGCUCUUACAGCGGUCAGCUGCAGACCAGUUCAGAACGAUACAGUAGGAGAAGAGAUAUCAGGACCUAAAUUUAAGUUCCUUAUCUUCAGAGAAGAUUGCUUUGAGAAGCUCACUCAAGGAGGAUUCACUGAAGGGGACUGCGUCGGAAUGACUAUCAGCAAAAUUCUUGGAUACCUUAUUAUCCUGGGAUCCAUGACAGUAAAGCUUCCCCAAAUUUUAAGCAUCAUGAAUGCUAAAAAUGGAGAUGGAAUUCUUGCUUCAAUGUUUUACGCUGAAAAUAUUCUUUUGAUGAUGAACGGAUUAUAUGCGAUCCAUAUUGGGAGUCCAUUCAGUGUUUAUGGAGAGAAUUUUAUCAUCCUUAUUCAAAACAUUAUAAUUUUGUUGUUACUCUGGACAUACCAGAAAGAUAUCUCUUUACUAACCAAAAUCUUGGUCACUGUUUUCGAAGCGUCUCUAUUCACUGUUAUGUAUCUAGAUAUUGUAGGCGAGCAGGGAUGGUUAGUUCUCAUGAACAGCCAGUUGUUAAUUGUAUCUUACUCCCGUAUUCCUCAGAUUAUGCAUUCCUUUAGGCAAGGAUCUACCGGAAAAUUAUCUAUCAUCACUUUCUGAAUGAACGCUGCUGGAAAUUGAGCCAGAUUAUUCACAAUGAUGAAGGAAGCUAACGAUAUUCUCCUCAUGAUGACUGCAUUUGCUUCAUUCAUUUUCAACUUUACUAUUCUCGUCCAGAUUAUUAUUCUUGGAGAUAAGGGAACUAAGACAGAACAGGUUACAUCAGCUCCACCCAAAAAGCUAGCUUCCAAACCAUCAUCAAGAGGAAAGAAGAAGAUUGAUUAGAUCUACCAUCCUUAAAAACUUGUUAAAAGUAUAU